GAGUUCCGACAGUUGACCGAACUUCACUUAUAGCAUCUCAUCAAAAAACACUUUUUGCAGAAAAAAAAAUAUGUAAUGGAAAAGGAAGACCGCAGCUUUUGGAUUAAAUAGCCUCAGGCGUUGGUCUUUCUCAGCUUCCAUCCAACGAGACUCGAGGUUACGACCAACAACAUUGCAAGUCAUCAUUAUACAUUUUAAACUCAACUAGUUUUCUAGUUAUCUCAGGGAUUAAAUCCCUAUGCUAUGGACGAGGACUCUGAAGACCCGUCCAGCCCGUCUUCAUCCUGCUCUACUGAACCCCAACCCACUGUGUUCCCGGGUCCUGACCGGAACCAUGGCGACCAGGAGGACAGUAACCAUGGUGAUCAGAAAGACACACCGCAGGGUCAGGAGAGGGUUACUGUGAGUCUGGACAUCAACAGUGAAACACCAACAUUUAAUAUCGUAGUCAAAGAAGAAGAAGAAGACUGGGAACUAGAUAAUACAGGAGAGAGUCCUAGCCAUCACUCUGCAGCCGGGGAGAGACCCUCUACAUCAGGAGAACCUGAGUCUGACUCAGUCUCACUAUCUGUCCUGUCUCAUCUCCACAGGAGAGUCCCAGCCAUCACUCUGCAGUCGGGGAGAGACCCUCUACAUCAGGAGAACCUGAGUCUGACUCAGUCUCACUGACUAUCUGUCCUGUCUCAUCCCCACAGGAGAGAGUCCCAGCCAUCACUCUGCAGCCGGGGAGAGACCCUCUACAUCAGGAGAACCUGAGUCUGACUCAGUCUCACUAUCUGUCCUGUCUCAUCUCCACAGGAGAGUCCCAGCCAUCACUCUGCAGUCGGGGAGAGACCCUCUACAUCAGGAGAACCUGAGUCUGACUCAGUCUCACUGACUAUCUGUCCUGUCUCAUCCCCACAGGAGAGAGUCCCAGCCAUCACUCUGCAGCCGGGGAGAGACCCUCUACAUCAGGAGAACCUGAACAACACCAGAUGAAACGCAGAACGAGACAGAAAAAGACCCACCCAUGCCCAGAUUGUGGGAAAUACUGCCAGACAUUAUCAGCGCUACAAAUACACAUGAGAACCCACACAGGAGAGAAGCCUUACGCUUGCUUUGUGUGUAAGAAAACGUUCAUUAUUAGACAAGCUUUGAAAACACACCAGCGAACACACACAGGAGAGAAGCCUUAUACCUGUUCUGAGUGUGGGAAGGGCUUCGCUCAUCAAUGUAGUUUGAGAUACCAUCAAAAGAGGAAUUCUGAACAGAUUAAAACAGACCCGAAUGAGAAGAUGACCUGCUGCUGUGGACAAGAGUUCUCCUCAAAGUGUGUUCUGGAGGUUCACUUGAAGACAGACACGGGAGCCAAGCCUUACACCUGCUGUGUGUGUGGCAAGAGGUUCAAUAAAGAAUCAUUAAAAGAACACCAGCGAUCCCACACAGGAGAGAUGCCUUACUCUUGCUCUUUCUGUGGCAAGGGUUACUAUCACAAACCGGCUUGGAAAGCCCACGAGCGAACGCACACCGAGGAGAAGCCCCUGUGCUCCGUGUGCGGACGGACCUGCUCUAGUAAGUAUACGUUAAAAGUCCACGAGCGAACACACACAGGAGAGAUGCCUUUCCUCUGCUCGGAGUGUGGCAAGGGCUUCAUCAGUAAAGGACUCCUGAUGACCCACGAGCGAUUCAACUGUUCCGGGGGAGAAGAACGACGGCAACCAAAGAGGUUUCACAAGUGUCCGGACUGUGGGAAGGAGUUCACACAAGCAAACAAACUGGAGAGACACGUGAGAACACACACAGGAGAGAGGCCUUACCAGUGCUCUGUGUGUGGGAUGAGGUUCAACCAGAAAGGGAAUCUCAAAACGCAUUUUAAAGUGCACACGGGCAGGGAUCCCAGUUUGCUGCCUGACAUGGACAUGAGGACGACUUCUUCAGAAGCUGCGAAACAGCCUCCGGAUAACAGACAUAAUGUUGGGAAACCACAACAAUUCCAGAAUCAGAUUGGCGAGGGAACCCACAACCUACCGGCACCACAAACCCACAACAUACCGACACCACAAACCCACAACCUACCGGCACCACAAACCCACAACCUACCGACACCACAAACCCACAACCUACCGACACCACAAACCCACAACUUUCCUGCACCACAAACCCACAACCUACCGGCACCACAAACCCACAACCAUCCGGCACCACAAACCCACAACCAUCCGGCACCACAAAUCCACAACCAUCCGGCACCACAAACCCACAACCAUCCGGCACCACAAACCCACAACCAUCCGGCACCACAAACCUACAACCAUCCGGCACCACAAACCCACAACCAUCCGGCACCACAAACCCACAACCUACCGGCACCACAAACCCACAACCUACCGGCACCACAAACCCACAACCUACCGGCACCACAAACCCACAACCAUCCUGCACCACAAACCCACAACCAUCCGGCACCACAAACCCACAACCUUCCGGCACCACAAACCCACAACCUUCCGGCACCACAAACCCACAACCAUCCGGCACCACAAACCCACAACCAUCCGGCACCACAAACCCACAACCAUCCGGCACCACAAACCCACCACCUCCCGGCAGCGCAGAGGGAGGGAAGCCACCACCACCUCCCGGCAGCGCAGAGGGAGGGAAGCCACCACCACCUCCCGGCAGCGCAGAGGGAGGGAAGCCACCACAUCUCGGCACCACAGAAACCCACCAUGUCCCCCAGGGGAGAAAAACACUAUCUCUGCCCUGAAUGUGGCAAGACUUACACCCGGGAAUACGACCUCCGAGUCCACCUCAGAACGCACACAGGAGAGAGACCGUACCAGUGUUAUGACUGCGGGAAGGCCUACGUCCGGAAAAACAAUCUCCAACAACACCGGCGGUCACAUGCUCCCAAGCCCAUGGGACCGACCCGCCAUUUAGGAAGACCACCCAGGGUGGGCUCUAGUAGUGGAAGGUCCAACCAAUCACCCAGGGUAGGAAGAGCUAAGCAAAAAAUGCAUACAUCAAUGUAAAUAUGAGAGACUCAUGCCCUUACCGCAGAUGGAGAGAGGACACUGGCAAUACUGGCACCUUUAAACACGGGGCUGGGUCCAUGUCUUCAUCCCAAAUGGCACCUUAUUCCCUAUAGUGCACUACUUUCCCUAUAUAGUGCACUACUUUUGACUAAGGCCCAUAUGGAAACCUUUAAGGGCUCUGCCUGAAAUGUAGUGCACUAUAUAGGGAAUAGGGUGCUAUUUUGGACACCCACCAUGCCUCUUAUGACUACAGAAUCGUUAUUCUUUCUGGUGUGUGCGCGCGCGCGUCUGUAUGCACGCAUGUAUUUGUGUGUGUGUUGUUGUGAUCAGUACAAUACAGUCCACUGUGUUGUGUAAGAUAAUCAUACUAUGUAAUCCUGUGCAUUUUAUUUCUUGUUUAUUUUAUAUAUCUUAUUUUACUUAUUGAAGCUAUCAUGAUACUAAGAAAUGACUUGCAUUUCAUAUAACGCCAUGGUCCAAUAAAUGAACAUUUGGGGAAAAACGUCUCCUUUAUUACCCCUUAUCCAGGGCACGAUACACUGACGUCACAGAUGCGCGACUCUUUCGGGCGGCAGUAAGGAAGCCUUCGCGAUCUGCUCUCAACAUAGGCUGUAUUUACGUAUUUAUUACUUCUAAACAAAAUAAACUUUUUGGUGUUCUUAUAAGCUUACAA